AUGGAAGCAUCCCAAACCCCUGCGGACUUCCAGUCUAUGAUUGCAGAAGCCGUCUCCGCCUCUAUGGAGAAAGCGCUGUCCAGAGUUAUGUCGGCAUCUACCGACAAACCCAAAAAAGCCACGCUCACACAACCUCAAGACGAGGCCUCUGAGGCCUCAGAGUCACACGUGCUGGCGGACCCACGCCCCGCCAAACGUCACUGGAAAGGUGAGAAAGCAGGCGAUACACCAGCCAAGGGUAAGGCACCCAAACGCCAAAGGCCAGCCCCACCCACUCCUGCCCACUACUCCUCGGAUGAGGGGGAAGAACACACGCGCUCUAUGGCCCUGUUGGACGAGUGGCAAGCCGCGGACUCUGAUCCGCAAGAUGACAAUUGGGACUCGGACUCCGGCUCCCAUACGGGCCUCUUACGAGGCACCUUCCUGGAUCACAGUCAGUUACCAGACGACCUCACACCUACUCAGGAAGAGGAUGCCAUCCUAGACCCCACAGUGCAACAACCGCUUCUCUGCGUGGUGUCCACCCUGCAUCGGUACGUGGAAGUCACAUCCCGAUUGCGGGUCUCACCUUCGGGCCAACUCUUGGUGUCCUACGUUAGACCACAUGUACCAGUCUCUACCACCACCCUGGCCAGCUCAGGGGUUGUUGGAUCCUACCUGUAUAUAGAAGGUCUGGAUAUCAUUUUUGACCUCUUACCUGAUGCAGAUCAGGCUCAGGAUGAAGCGCCGCCUAGCGGCAGUUUGGAAGUCGUGUCCGUGUCUGAGGAAGAAUUGCCAGUCGUGGAUAUUGCAUUCUCUUACUUUCGAUUUUUCCUGACACAAAGGAAAGUAGAACCUGGAGAAAACAGAUCAGAAAACAGAGAAAAUGCUGAAUCGUCAAAGUGCCAUCCUAUUAUUCCCGUGAAGUAUUUGAUUUUCAUUCUGUUUCUCGUACUUGUAAUUGCUCUCUCCGUUGCUGCAGGACUGAUUGUACACUUCACCUGCCCUGGACAAAUACGUUGCCAAUCUUCCUCAAAGUGUAUACAAAAAGUACAACGUUGUGAUGGGGUGUUUGAUUGUCCUGAUGGAGAUGACGAGUACGGAUGUGUUCGGCUCAGUGGAAGAAACUCUGUGUUGCAAGCUUACUCUGCGGGAUCUUGGAGAACCCUUUGCUCCGAUGAUUGGGAAACCUUUUAUGGGAAUUUCACAUGUAAGCAAUUAGGGUUUUCAAGUUAUGUGAGCUCCUCUGGUUUGCCUGUAGAAGCCGUGGAAGAAAAAUUUAAAAGACAAUUUGUCUCGGUAACAAAAUCUUUACAUUUUACUGGCCCCAUGAUGCUACUUCAAAAUAUAAUACACCCCAGGGAACACUGCUCGUCAGGAUAUGUUACUACCUUAAAAUGCAUUGUGUGUGGCAGCAGGCCCAGCUACACGCCAUCGUCAACACGAAUUGUUGGUGGAAAUUCGUCUGCUGAGGGCCAGUGGCCUUGGCAAGCCAGUCUUACCUUCCAAGGGAUACAUUUGUGCGGGGGAUCCCUCAUUACUGCACAAUGGGUCGUAACAGCUGCUCACUGCGUUUACGAUUUGUACUUCCCCGAGUCUUGGAGCGUACAAGUGGGGCUAGUGAACCAUCUUCACGACUCCCAGAAUCAUCCUGUUCUUGUAGAGAAGAUAAUAUACCACAGCAAAUACAAGUCUAGUUCCAUGACAAAUGAUAUCGCUCUUAUCAAAUUGGCAAGUCCGUUUAAUUUCAGUGGGUUAAUACAACCGAUCUGUUUGCCGAAUUAUGGUGAAGAAUUCCCUGCGGGUAAAAUUUGCUGGAUAUCUGGCUGGGGAGCCACGGAGGAAGGAGGUGACACAUCGGAAACAAUGGAUUAUGCUGGCGUUCCCCUCAUUUCUAAUCGCGUGUGCAACACAAAAUAUAUCUACGGGGGUGUUAUAACGCCAUCCAUGGUGUGUGCAGGCUUUCUAGAAGGAGGGGUAGACACCUGUCAGGGGGACAGUGGGGGACCUCUAGCAUGUGAAGACCGGAAGGUGUGGAAACUAAUGGGGACCACCAGCUGGGGUAUUGGCUGUGCAAUGAGAUAUAAACCAGGGGUUUACACUCGAAUCAGCUCGUUUUUGGAUUGGAUUCACAUACAAAUGGAGAGAGAAGAAAGAAAGACAAACUGGUCUUUGCAGAACAUAUCCAGCUUCCAAUAAAUCCACUGUUUAAUGGAAUAUACCUCAGCAAGCAGGAGAUCCAGCCACAGUCAGAGUACAAACAUG